CAGGCUAAAAAUAAUCCUCACACUAAUUUCACUUUCAUAGCAGAAAAAGAAAAAAGAAAGAAUUAUUUACUACUUUUUUUUUUUUCAUUUUACGACGACGUUCAUAAACAGAACCAGUGGCACUCUCGUAAAUAUCUUCAUCAGUUCCUUGAAGCAUAAUUUGUGAAAUUUUCUUUUAAUAAUUUUCAUCUCCGCCGUAUUAAUACAAGCUCUCUGAACGCACUCUACGACGAGCCUAACGUCUUUCUCCGAUCGCCGGUUAGCAGAUUCAAGCGAGAUACGAGAUCCGACGAGCAGAUCUUCUGCUUAAUCUGUAAACAUGCCUCUCAGACUAGAUAUCAAGAGAAAGUUUGCUCAACGAUCAGAGAGAGUCAAAUCUGUUGAUCUGCAUCCUACUGAACCAUGGAUUCUAGCAAGUUUGUAUUCUGGAACCGUGUGUAUUUGGAACUACCAGACACAGACGAUUACAAAAUCCUUCGAGGUGACGGAAUUGCCAGUUAGGUCGGCCAAGUUUAUUCCGCGCAAGCAAUGGGUUGUGGCUGGAGCGGAUGAUAUGUACAUCCGUGUAUACAAUUACAAUACAAUGGACAAGGUCAAAGUAUUUGAGGCUCAUUCGGAUUACAUUAGGUGUGUAGCUGUCCAUCCGACCCUUCCAUAUGUGCUGUCAUCUUCUGAUGAUAUGCUCAUAAAGCUUUGGGACUGGGAAAACGGUUGGGCUUGUACUCAGAUAUUUGAGGGACAUUCGCACUAUGUGAUGCAAGUGGUAUUUAAUCCAAAAGAUACCAACACUUUUGCCAGUGCUUCGCUUGAUCGUACCAUAAAGAUAUGGAAUCUUGGUUCCCCAGACCCAAAUUUUACACUGGAUGCUCAUCAGAAAGGAGUCAACUGUGUAGAUUAUUUCACAGGGGGUGAUAAACCCUAUCUAAUUACCGGCUCUGAUGAUCAUACUGCUAAGGUAUGGGACUAUCAAACCAAAAGUUGUGUCCAGACGCUAGAUGGGCACACACACAAUGUUUCUGCCGUAUGUUUCCAUCCAGAGCUUCCAAUAAUAAUCACAGGUUCUGAGGAUGGCACUGUUCGCAUUUGGCACGCCACUACCUACAGGCUAGAAAACACAUUAAAUUAUGGUCUCGAGAGAGUUUGGGCCAUUGGUUACAUCAAAAGUUCUCGGCGGGUUGUGAUUGGAUAUGAUGAAGGAACCAUCAUGGUUAAACUUGGACGAGAAAUUCCUGUCGCUAGCAUGGACAGUAGCGGAAAAAUCAUAUGGGCUAAGCAUAAUGAAAUUCAAACCGCAAACAUCAAAAGUAUUGGUGCAGGUUACGAGGCUACUGAUGGAGAAAGACUUCCCUUGUCUGUUAAAGAGUUGGGGACCUGUGAUCUUUAUCCACAAAGCUUGAAGCACAACCCUAAUGGGAGGUUUGUCGUAGUCUGCGGUGAUGGAGAGUACAUAAUCUACACUGCUUUGGCGUGGAGAAAUAGAUCUUUUGGGUCUGGCCUGGAAUUUGUUUGGUCAUCUGAGGGGGAAUGUGCGGUUAGAGAAAGCUCAUCAAAGAUAAAGAUAUUCAGUAAAAAUUUCCAGGAAAGGAAGAGUAUCCGGCCUACUUUCUCAGCUGAGAAGAUUUUUGGAGGAACCUUGUUAGCAAUGUGUUCGAAUGAUUUCAUCUGCUUCUAUGAUUGGGCCGAAUGCAGGCUGAUUCAACAAAUUGAUGUCACCGUAAAGAAUCUUUAUUGGGCUGAAAGUGGUGAUUUAGUAGCCAUUGCUAGUGAUACGUCAUUCUACAUCUUGAAGUACAAUCGAGAGUUGGUUUCCUCGCAUUUUGAUAGUGGAAGACCAACUGAUGAAGAGGGUGUUGAGGAUGCUUUUGAGGUUCUCCACGAGAAUGAUGAACGUGUUAGGACCGGUAUAUGGGUUGGGGACUGCUUCAUUUACAACAACUCUUCUUGGAAGCUUAACUAUUGUGUUGGAGGCGAGGUAACCACAAUGUAUCAUUUGGACCGCCCAAUGUAUUUGUUAGGCUAUAUUGCCAACCAAAGCCGGGUUUACUUGGUAGACAAAGAAUUCAAUGUCAUAGGAUAUACCCUGCUGCUUAGCCUGAUUGAAUACAAGACUCUUGUGAUGCGAGGCGAUUUGGAUAGAGCCAAUCAAAUUUUACCUACAAUUCCUAAAGAGCAGCAUAACAAUGUUGCUCAUUUCUUGGAAUCUCGGGGAAUGAUUGAAGAUGCUUUAGAAAUUGCGACAGAUCCAGACUACAAAUUUGAUCUGGCCAUACAACUGGGUAGACUUGAAAUUGCAAAGGAAAUUGCUGAAGAAGUACAGAGCGAGUCUAAAUGGAAGCAGUUAGGAGAGUUAGCCAUGUCCUCGGGGAAGCUGCAAUUGGCCGAGGAUUGCAUGAAGUACGCUAUGGAUUUGAGUGGUUUGUUACUACUAUAUUCUUCUUUGGGAGAUGCUGAAGGGGUGUCAAAACUUGCAUGCCUUGCUAAGGAACAGGGGAAGAACAAUGUUGCCUUUCUUUGCUUAUUUACGCUGGGUAGAUUGGAAGAUUGUCUGCAGUUAUUGGUGGAGAGUAACCGGAUACCAGAAGCUGCUCUGAUGGCACGUUCUUAUCUUCCAAGCAAAGUUUCGGAGAUAGUAGCUCUAUGGAGGGAAGAUCUCAGCAAGGUUAAUCCAAAAGCAGCUGAAUCUUUAGCUGAUCCUGAAGAGUACUCAAAUCUUUUUGAGGAUUGGCAAGUUGCUCUUUCUGUUGAAGCGAACACUGCAGAGACAAGGGGAGUUUAUACCGCUGCAGAAAAUUAUCCAUCCCAUGCCGAUAAACCUUCCAUUACCCUUGUGGAAGCCUUUAGAAACCUGCAAGUUGAAGCAGAGGAAUCACUUGAAAAUGGAAACAUCGAUCACGAGGUAGCAGAAGAAAACGGUCAUGUAGAGAAUGAAGGAGAUGAAGAGGAACAACAGGAAGAAGAAGUGAAUGAAGAAGAGGGAGUUGUGGAUGCAGACUCUACGGACGGUGCUGUACUUGUUAAUGGAAGUGAGGGUGAGGAAGAGUGGGGUACGAAUAACAAAGGAAACCCAUCAGCCUAAUAAGCAAGUCAGUCCAGGAUCAAUGUUGAAUAGUCGAAAUUUUGUCUCUGUGCUUACGCCACAUCCCUAGCUAGAUCCAGUAGCCGGCACCGAUACUCCAAGGAAUCGAUUCUUGGUGGAUGGAGAGUAUAAAGACGAAGAUGGGAUUGGUGGAUUAAGGAAUUUGGUGUUGUGGUUUUUUCAACUAAUGAUUGUGGUUUUCAUCUGAAAGAGUAUAUUAUAACACAGUAGAGAGUUAUACAAAUUUUCUGCUUUAGAUUUCAGCUCAAAAUUACAAAUUUCUGGUGCAUAUAUAAUUCUUUGGAAGCCUUUAUCACUUUAAUUUCCACUCUUUUUGAAUAACUUAGUUAAGGAUUGUCCUAUAAAGUUAUAACAUUAGCUAUACAAAUCUGCA